AUGAUUUUUGAGACUGGAUGUUACGAUGGAUCUCCCUCAGAGGCUCCCGCACCCGCCAAUAAUAGUGCCAUUUCAAUAGGUUCUCCACUGCUGAAUCUGUGGUCGUUGGGGGUAGAUGUUGAGGAAUGGGCGAUGGUGGGGUGGGCUAGGGUUGAGGAUAGGGUGGGGGUGGCUGUUGUUAUGGCUGGUCAAGGGAGGAGGAGGGACGGUGGCUGGGGAGGUUGA